UUUAAAAGGGAUACAAAAUUAGGAGGCAGGAGGGGUAAGUGGUAAACGUAAUAAUGGGAAUGCAUGGAGGAGAUGAGGUAGCAAAAGCAUUAAGAAUGCAGGUCGUCUCCACCCACAAAAAAGCCCACACCGCAUACGAGAAUGCUGACCCAAUCACCACCGUCCAAGUGAGGAGGGGGCCAAUUGCCAACCACCCCCACCCUGUUAAUGAUAAUGAUAAUGUUAAUGGGCAAUUAUGCCCCCACCGCAUCCAUCUAUCUACCAGGCUGUUAGUUAGGAAAAAAAGGGGUGGGUGGGGGUGGGUAUGGUAUGGGUAGUGGUGAGGGUGGCGUGUUGUGACCGCGGCGCACGUUAGCCCUUUUCCCACAUCCCUCCCCAACUCGGUGGUGCCCUCCUGGUCCUAUCCACAUCUCAAAAUCAGCCGCAUACACGCACGCUCACCCACACGCACCACCACCACCCUUUAACACCACAAUUAUGUCACCAAACGCCACUUUCUCUUCCACCACCACCAAACCCUUUUUCCACCCACCCACCCCCACUACUAUUCCUUCCCUCUCUCUUACGCCGCCUCUCUCUCCUUCCUACCCCUAACCAUACACUCUCCAUUCUCUUUCUCUCUUCCUCUUCCUCUUCCUCUUCCUCCUCCUCCUCUUUCUUCUUCUCUUUUUCUCUCUCUCCUUCAUGGCCUCCCCUUCUUCUCCUCCCCAAUCCACCCCUCCUCCAGAUCCACCAUCUGCGCUCCCCCUCGCUCUUCCCGUUCCUCCCCCCACCGCCUCCUCCUCUCGCCGCCUUCCUCCUCCCUGCUGGUCCCCCGACGAGACCCUUGCCCUAAUUGACCACACACUGGCAGGAGGUUGCCGACGCCGUCGCACAGAGAUGUCCCAACGCCUCUCCGGCCAAGACCCCCGUCCAGUGCCGCCACAAGAUGGAGAAGCUCCGGAAGCGAUACCGAACCGAGAUCCAGCGUGCAAGGUCCCUUCCUGUGGCGCGAUUCAACUCUUCCUGGGUCCACUUCAAGCUCAUGGACUCCAUGGAGAAAGGUCCCUCACCUGUCAAGCCAGAGAACGACUCUGACAGCCACGACGGCGAUGGAGUUGGCGUUGACCGUGACGAAGACGACGACGAUCAGGAUCUAUACGAGGAGAUCAAGAACGGAGGACACGGAUCUAACACACGGAGCCUCAACAAGUUGUAUCGCAACGGUUUUGGCGGUCCUCCCGGCGGUGGAAACGGCAGCGGCGGGUUUAGGAUUAGGAUUCCUACCGGAUUAAGCGUGGCGCAACCUGGAUCGAAGUUUUACGGGAAAUCUGGUGGAAAUCAGAAAUUCAAUAACCCUAAUUUGAAUCAGAACGCUGGAUCUAACUUCGGGACGAGGGUUUUGGGGAAGAGGGAGAGAGAGAGGGAGAGGGAUCCGGUUGGAGAGGUUGUGUCGGCGAUCAAGCUGCUUGGAGAUGGGUUCGUGAGGAUGGAGCAGAUGAAGAUGGAGAUGGCGAGGGAGAUCGAAGCCAUGCGUAUGGAAAUGGAGAUGAAGCGCACUGAGAUGAUUCUGGAAUCUCAACAGAGGAUCGUGGAGGCUUUCGCCAAAGCAGUUUCUGACAAGAAGAAGAAGCCAAAGAAGACUCCAUCCCCACAACAAUCUUAGUUUCGGGUUUCUGAGUUUGAUCUCUCUCUCUCUCUCUCUCUCUCUCUCUCUUAAGUAACACAAAUGUCAGUUCAGUUCUGCUUUUUCUGGUUUAGAUUUUUUUUCCUUUUUUAUUUUGGGGUUACUUUUCUUCUCUUUUGUUCUGCCUCUUUUUGUAAUUUAAGAUGAGACACCCGCCAUGUGGAACUUGAUCAGUUUUAGGUUGUUUAUUAUGGAGUGUAUUGAUGGAUGAAUUAUGAAUGUAGCUUUAGAUAUUCAUUCGUUUUCCA